AUGCCAGUUGGUGAAGUAGUAGGAUCAGCGGGAACAGAAGGUGCUGCAAGACAAACCAACAAAACAAUGUACAAUGGGAAGGAGUAUGACUUCGUGUUUGAUGUUGAAAUUCAAGAAGGCCGUCCUCGUAUGAAGCUGCCUUACAAUCUAACUGAUGAUCCGUGGAUGGCUGCACACCAGUUUCUAGAGCGCAAUGAUCUCAGUCAGAUGUUCUUGGAUCAAGUUGUUGACUUCAUCCAGAAGAACACUAAAGGUGUUACAAUAGGACAACAGGCACCGUCAGCUGCUGAUCCGUUUACCGGAGCUGGACGCUAUAUUCCACCCACUGGGCCAUCCCAGCCAGUGUCUGAUACCAGCAUGGGAGGAGGAAGUGUUGAUCCUUUUACAGGUGGUGGUAGCUACAGACCAUUGUAUACAUCUCAACAGACUAAUACAGGAGAUGGAGUGGACCCGUUUACUGGUUCCAGUAGUUAUAGAUCAGGACAGCCAGCCAAUCAAGUCAGUCCACCAAAUGAAAGUCCCACAGCUGCUCAAAAUCCUUACUUCCCUGAGACGUCGUGUGUAUCAUUUGAUAGCGCUAACAUCAACGCAAUUGCGGGAAAAUUAAAAGAAUUCAACUCUAGCUUAGAAGAGGAACAACAAUUAACAGACGACGAACUUCAAAACUUGAUAGUAUUUCUGAAUGAUGUGGGAAGUGCAGAUAAAUCCAGAUCACCAAAGGUGGAACACUUCUCUGUGCUGGUGAAAGCGUUAAAAUGGCCUCCAAAGCAGCUAUUUCCAGCUCUGGAUAUUCUGCGGCUUGCUGUUCGUUUUCCGUCCAUCGCCAACUCAUGUUGCAGUGGUUCUGAUGGCGACAACCUUACAGCUCACUUACUUGCCUGUACAAGGGACGAUAAUCCUCAACCCAAUGUGCUCCUGUCGUUUAGAAUAUUGUCUAAUUUGUUUUUGUCUUAUGAUGGAUCAGCUUUAGUGCUGAAACACAGAGAAAAGAUAGUAGAACAUUCAAUACCUUGGUGUAAGUGCGCUAACAAGAAUAUCAGGAUAUCUUUAUGUACCGUUCUUCUUAAUUUUUCUGUCCUUCUACGAAAACAUAACGAUUUUGAAGCAAAGACACAGUGUCUAUCUACUCUAGCUGAGAUUUUAGAAAGUGAAACAGAUAGUGAAGUCAGAUUCAGAUCUCUGGUGGCAGUUGGAACUUUGAUCUGGGGUGAUUCAGAUUCCUUGGCUUUAGCUCAGUCGUUAGGAAUUGACAAUUCAUUAAAUUCUUUAUCUUCUGUUACCGAUCCACCCAAGGUUGGUGACUGUGCGUCUAAAGUUUUAGCUGCAUUAACGAUGAAUUAAAAUAUUGCUAUUCUCACGCCAACCUCCUUUAUUUUCGUUCCUGAGCGCUGCACCGAAAGUAUAAACACCUCAACGCCACUAUGUUUAGACGGAUUUGGUUGCUGCUUUUAUGCAUCGCAAUUUAGUUUAGCAGCAAGAUGAUUUGAAGUGUUCUAGAAGGACGCAUCAUUUAGUAGAACAGUUUCUGCUGGUUUUGUAAUCAGGUAGUGCUUAAGACCGCCAUCUUAAUUCAUCAACUCCGUGACAGGCAGAUUUUUCAAAGGAUAUUGACUGGGUUGACCAGUCCAGAAGGGUCUAAGUAUCAACGUUUUGUACAAGAGCAGAAUUCAGCAGUACAGAACCAUUCGAGUUGCCAUAUUCAAAAAGGGUGCGCAUCACUACGCUUCACAUCUUAUCGCAUGGCGAUCGCUCAUUGGCUGAAAUGCUUUUCGAGAGCCACGUGAUUAGAACGUGUUUACAAGUGUCCUCUGUAAAAGGAAUUUUUCCCGCGCUUUUAAGAUGUAAUACUUUGGGUUGCUGUUGUUGUUGUUGUUGUUGUUGUUGUUGAAUGUAUUUUGUGGUCACACUAGCCUAGUCCCUAGGCGUUCUCGGCUAACGGGAUUCUGGGUUUUUAUCGAGAGUAGUGACGUCACCGAAGAGCACUCGCCGAGAACGCUUACUCUCAACCAGACCUUGCGCGGACAGCGAGGCAAGAGAGAACCCAGAGACUAAGCGGCUGGGUAGACGCUGGACUUUAUAUGAGAGCUACUGCAAAUGUGCGAAAUGUUUAUUUCUUAUAGAGUAACUUAUAAUUAAUGAGAGCCUAAUUUAAAUGAAGAAGGUGCCUUACAAAUAAACAGCUUAGCUGUGUUCUUUCAGCCGUUCCAAAUA